UUGAACCUUCCCGGCCCUUGUAGUCGGGGGGCGGGAAGUUCGUGAGGAAGUACACGUGUGUUUAUGUAAUCCCACGAACUCUGUGUAAUCCCGGAAGGGGAGAAAAAACGAGAUGGCAGCAGCGACGACGGAGCCCGUUGUCGGGUGGGCCCAAGGGGAAUCGGGCAUCGAGUGGGCAGGGUCUCUUCUCUUCAGUGAAAUUAGUGAUCUGAUAGAAGAUGAAUUGCAGCUAGGUGUCGAGAAUGAAGCUUAUGAAAACAAUCUUUGUGACCUUGACUUUGAUUUGGAUCUGAUGUCUUGGGAUUCGGACCCCUGGGAUGUUUCAAAACAGACCCCAGCAGAUGCAGACUGGAAAGCAGAGCCCCUCUCACCAGCCACUUCAACAGAUUCAGUUCCUUCUCCUUUAUUUGUGGAUUCUCCAGUACAGCAUGUACCUGAAGGUGUAGAGUUGGGCUCCGGUUCCCACCCAUCUCCUGUUUCUUUGUAUGACAAGGGCUCCCAAAGUCCCUCCUUCCCUGUAGAACGAAAGGAGAAGAAACCUCCACUCAAACCCACAAACCGCUCAGGAAAUGGAUCUUCAAUGACCCCAGGUCGAUGUAGUCAGCAAGCCUCCAAACCUUUGAUUCAGCCCAAACUUUUGUUACCUGCCUUUCGGGAGACUCAGAGCAGCCUUAGUGUGCAGACAAAAGCCAUUGUCAUUCCAGCUGUCCCAACUCUCCUGACACUGCCAAAGCAACAACCAGUUGUUGCUAUCCAGCCAGCACCUGCAAAAGGCCAGCCAGUGAUGCUUUCUCAACCUGCUGUGGUGCAUCUUCAGACACCUGGAAUCCUUCCUGCCACCAACCCAGCCAUUGCUGUCACUGGUGGGGUCACACCACUACCAGGCCAUGCUGUCAAUGUAUUGCCACAAACUGCAGGAAAGAGUUUGGCUACUGGAAAUCUAGCAGAAGCUAAGCCUGUUCUUCUUGCCACUUCCCAAAAUACUAGCAUGGAUAUGAAUGUUCUGAAAAGGCAGCAACGCAUGAUAAAAAACCGUGAAUCAGCCUGUCAAUCACGUAGGAAGAAAAAGGAAUAUAUGCUGAGCUUGGAGGCAAGGUUGAAGGCAGCCUUAUUGGAAAACGAUCAUCUUAAAAGAGAGAAUGGCACACUGAAGAGGCAGCUGGAUGAACUAGAGGUGGAGAACCAGAAUCUUAAAGGUUCCCCUCCAAAGAGAAGAGCACUAUGUGUGAUGGUUCUGCUAGCCUUCAUCAUGCUGAACUAUGACAGACUCAGUAUGCUUGAAUGGGGCCCCAGCUCUGCUGAACUUUAUGCUAGCUCUGCUCACCAGAGCAGGCAUCUUCUUGAAUUCUCUGCAAGUGUAUCUCAGGAAACAGAUGGCACAAAUAAUGAUGGAUACAGGCAUUCUGUUUCGGAUAAUAAAGCGUUGAUGGUAGUUACGGAGGAACCAAUUAUAUAUAUUUCUCCCACACCUUGCCAACCACUGAUCAAUCGCACGGAGUCACUCAGGUUAAGUCAUGAGCUGCGAGGCUGGGUUCACAGACAUGAAGCAGAAAGGACAAGAUCAAGGAGGGUGUCAAAUAGUCAGCAGCAAAAAGCUCAGACCAUCCAGAGCCCUUCAGGAGAGAAAGCAAAUUCUGAGCUGAUGGCCCUUCCCUAUACAGACAAAAGUGUUGGCAGAAACUUGGGGAGUGAGCUACAAGUUUAUUAUGCUUCACCUCGGAAUUACCAAGAUUUCUUUGAAGCAAUUCACAGAAGGGGAGAUACUUUCUAUGUGGUAUCAUUCCGUAGGGAUCACCUGUUGUUGCCUGCUACUACCCAUAAUAAGACCAGGCGACCAAAGAUGUCAAUAGUAUUGCCAGCAAUAAACAUCAGUGAGAAAAUAAUUAAUGGCCAAGACUAUGAAGUUAUGAUGCAGAUAGACUGUGAAGUGAUGGACACCAGAAUCUUGCACAUCAAAAGCUCCUCCAUCCCUCCUUACCUUCGAGAACAGCAGAGAAACCAUACAACGUCUUUCUAUGGCUCUCCUCCAACUGUUCCAGAGGCAGCUCCUGCUGUGAGAGCCAUCACUGAGUCACCACAGUAGGCUUCAAAAGCCAGGCUUAAUACCCUGGAAUAACCAUUUGCCCCUGCUCACCCUUAAUAGGGCUGCCAUGGCACAUUCCAGGCAGCAUACCACAAUCAACAUGAGGCUGUUGGAUCUGCCAGUGAUGGGGGAAGAUUCUGAAUCCCAGCCACAAGACCACUCCUAACCCAAUCCCUCCACACUGCCUUGUACCAUUAUUACUGUUUCAUUAACAAUUUCUGUUCCACUGUCAUUUGCAAGGUGUUUUUAAAUCCUUACUCGGUCGGUGAGGUGGGGCCUUGCUUGUGUUGAUUUGACCAAUGAAAAAGGAAAGAGAGAGAGAGAA